AUGGCUGAACACCGGGCAGGUGCCAAGGGCCGGCGCAUGGGCUCCAGCCGUCGCAGGCAGCUCUGCAAGGAUCCUGGCCGCAGCGAGGAGCCACCGUGGGCAUCUAAAGUCAUGCAAAGGGUGCAGGACUUCAUCCAGGGGCACCAUAAGGACCAGACAGGGUUCAUCACCCGCUCAGACAUGCAGAAGUUGCAGGAGAAUGAUUUCCCAUGCAGCACAGAGGAGCUGGAGCUCCUCUUUGAUGGGCUGGAUGCUGCUGGCACCGGGCGGUUGAACACUGAGGAGUUUGUUGCCGGGCUCUGGCAGUUCCUGAGCUCCCAAAAGGCCAGCAGGGACCAUCGCCAGCGGAAAACAGCAUCCUGGAGGAACUCAAUCCUUGCCGGCCCAUUGUUGGAGGGGGUGGACAGUGAGGAGCAGAAACACUUUGCAGCCUUCAUGGACCAGCUGGGCACAGAUGACAUCUCUGAAGACAGGCAGGAGAUCUGGCAGCUCUGGGCCAAGCUCCGGAAGGAUGAGCCCCAGCUCCUGGGCAACCUGGAGGACUUCCUGGCCAAGAUGAGGCACCGCAUCCAAGAAGCCAGGAGCAAGAAGGAGGCCUUGGAGGUGACCCUGAACAAGUGCAUGGCUGAGCACAACCUGGAGGUGCAGCGGCUCUGUGCAGCCAUGGAGCAACAGAUCCAGCAGGAGCAGCAGCGGCUCAUGCAGGAGAGCAUGGCCCGAAGCCACUUGCAUGGCAUGGAGCUGCAGCGAGUGCUGGAUGCCAGCGAAAGGGAGGUGCAGCGUUUGGUCGCAGCACAGGUAGAGCUGGAGACACGGUGCCACAGCCUCCGCAGCAUGCAGCAAGCUGCCAGCACUGAAAAGCAGCAGCUGGAAGAGAGCAACCGGGUGCUGGAGAAGCAGCUGCAGCACAUCAACCUGCAGCUGCAGCAGACCCAUGGGUGCCUGUGGACCACAUGGGCCACGGUGGCUCAGGAGCACAAGGAGGAGCUGCAGGACAGAGCAGUGGCAGAGCUGCCUGGUGAGACGCCGCCAUCCCUGCAGAUGAGUCCAGAGCAGAGUGAGAAGUACUGCUCAGAGAUGCAGAUCAGGCUGGGGUCCCGAGUUGGCAAGCCACAACGCAAAAACACCCACCAAGUGGUUUGGGAAAAGCUGCCAGCAGAAACAAGCAUUUCAGGACUGCCAAGAGCACUCUCUGUAGAAGAGGACCCUUUCCCUGAAUUUCUGAAAGAGGAACAGUUUUCUGACCAAGGUUCUUUGCUAAGAGAGAUGAAUGAUGCAAUAGCAGCUCUGAGCGUGCAGCUGGUGCCACAGGCACCAGCUACACCCACUGCACUGGCAGAAGCUGCCUGUUGCCUGCAAGACGAUGCUGAGCCCCAAACAGGACCAGAGGCAGCAGCACUGCAUGGCUCGGCCGUUGGGGCCCCACAGGAUACCCACGUCGGUCACAAGCUGUUCAAAGUAGACCUGAGAGAGGGACGAACUGCAGCUGAGCUUCCUGCUCGGGACAUGACACAGGCCGCUGUGGCUGCUUUGCAUCAAGAGUAUGCUUCUGCCACUGCACAUCCUUAUCCAGAUGUAAUACUGGUAGCACUUAAUGAUCCAGACGAGCAGGUCCUGGAAGAAAACCAAGCUCUGGAAAUUUUCCAGGAAGAGAGUGGUGAUGCAAAGGGGAGGCCUCUGGAUGGAGCUCAAGGUCUGGAAGUUGUGCAGGGAGCUAGACUAGAGGCAGAGACAAGGAUCUUACCUGAAGUUCAGCAUUUAGAACUAAAACAGGGCCAUGAUACCAAUGCAGCCACGCUGGCAUCCCCUGUUUCUGAGGUGCCUCUACAAAUUAGCACUCUAAAUUGGGAUACAGUGAUGCAAGAGGAUGUUCUCAUUCCAGAUGUGCAAUGGCUAGGUGGUUCGGGACAGGCAGCCCAAAGUGAGCUCCUGGAGCAGGUCUCAUCACAGGCAGACAAGGUGAGGCUUCAUGCUGCUCCCCAGCAGCCACAGGAGAAGCCACCAUGUGUGACAGAAACCGAGCGAGUAGCUGCUGGACCUGCCGAGCCUCCAAAACAAGAGGUACCACCAGUGUCAGCCUUUUGCACAAGGGUCCAAGAGGAGGAAGAUACUGGGAAUGAUCUGCUGGGGAUGAAUCUCGGAGACAGCACACUGGUGGAUGCAGCCAACAGCAGGGUGCAGCCUCAAAGGCAUCUCUCAGGAGAGUGGAGGGAAGACCUUGAUGUUGGCCAACCAGAGAAGAAAAAAGAGAUUGGGCAGAAAAUGAGCCAGGAAGGUGAGCCCAGCCCAGGAGAGCCAGGAGCUAUGACUGUGAAUGGAGCAGGAGCUUCCCCAAGGGGCUCUUCUGAAGUCUCUCUGGACCCAGACUACUUGUACAAUGUGCUGUUUGUUGGUGAUUCCCAUGUGGGCAAAACAUCCUUUCUGUACCGGUUGCAUGCCAACACCUUCAACCCGCACCUCACUGCCACAGUAGGAUUGGAUUAUCAGGUCAAAAGCCUCAUCGUGGACAACAAGCACUUUGCUCUCCGUCUAUGGGACUCAGCUGGGCAGGAAAGGUACCACAGCAUCACCAAGCAGUUCUUCCGGAAAGCAGACGGGGUGGUGCUGAUGUACGACAUCACGUCGCAGUACUCCUUCGCAGACGUGCGCUACUGGCUCAGCUGCAUCCAGGAGGGAGCAGAAGAUGGAGUCACUAUUCUGCUUCUUGGGAACAAAACGGACUGCGCUACAGAGAGACAGGUCCCUACUCAAGAGGCGGAACGCUUGGCUGAGGAGUAUCAGCUCAUAUUUUAUGAAUGCAGCGCUGCCUCGGGCCACAACGUUGCUGAGUCCAUGGUCAGCCUAAUCAGGUCACUCAAAGUUCGUGAAGAUCAAUUGAGAAAUAAGGCAGAAGACGUACCAAAGCUGCCUCAGAAGAAAAAGGGCUGCUGCUGA